AUGGUGCCCCCCCAUCAUCACACCCCCGCAGAAAGAACCCAAUUCAAGACUCUUUCAAUUGGAAGCAGGCUGCUGAUAAUGGCCGAGUCUGGUGUGGAGAAAGACGCCAAGCCUGCACCAGCGGAGUCUGAGAAUGGUGGUAAACAAGACGUGGAAGCUGUUGCAGAAACAGACACCGCUCCUGGCAACAUCUCAAAAACUGCAGUAAAGGGGACAGCUUCAGACGAAUCUGCAAGUGCGUCAAAAGAAGGUGUAUCGUCGUCUGGCAGCACAGAUGUUGUGGGAGAAGGGGCCAAGGGGAGGGAGGAGAGGACGGACGAUGAUGCAUCCUUAAGUAAGGAUGAAAGCAAGCGGGUUGUUGAGGAGCAGCAGAAUUCCAAUGAUGCUGAAGAGAAGGAGAAGGAGGACGAGGGAGACAGGAAGGCGGUAGAUGUGGAACGGCUCAGUGACAAUGAGAGCUAUCACUCGCCAGGGGAGGAGGAGUACAACAGCGGAAGCGAUGACGCUUCGGGCCUGCUACGAGGACGCAGGCGGGAGGCAAGUGAUGAGGAAGAUGAGGAGGAAGAGGAGGAGGAGGACAGGAUUUCCAUAGCAGAAGGUGAAGCAGAGCAGGCACACGGUGGAGUCACCGCAGAUGCAAACUUCAAAGGAGAGGGUGCAUACCAGAGCGACGGGAUGCAGACAAUGGAGAAGACCGACGGGGAUGCAGACGAUGAAGGGGACGACUUGCUGGAUGACGACAGCAAUGAUUUGGACGAUGAGGGCAAGGUGGACGAAGAGGCACUCCCAGAAGGGGAGGAACCAGUGGUCGCUCUAAAAGCGGAGGUCAAGAAACCAGCGGAACCGUUUGUGGUUCCAACAGCGGGGCCCUUCUACAUGCACGACGACCGCUUCGGUGGGGAGGAGACCAAGAGGCCUGGCAAGGGCAAGAAGCUGUGGGAAGGAUCCGCAGACUCCACUGACCGGUGGCCCCACGACAUGUUUGAGAAGCUGAACCUGGCUAAUGACCCCCCACCUCUGAGGCGGGGUGACGGUGAGCAAGGCAGGGGCCGCCGGAGAGGCGGCGGGUAUGAUCGAGGCGGAAGGGGGGAAGGUGCCAGCUAUGGGGGCGCGCGAGGCGGUAGGGGCGGGGGCAGGGGUUUCAGGAACGGCCCAGAGGGAGGAAGGCGCAACUUUGUGGCCAUGCAGAGCGCUCCUGGAGGCCAGCCGCAGUCAGACCCCGCCCUUUUGCCCACCCCUGAGUACAACCUCGAGUUGCUCCAGGAGUUCCCCCCUCCCCAGUCCACCGCCCAGAACUGGGGCGGUCAGCCGGCUGCUUCCAGGCAAGCGACCUCAAACGGGAGCUCAGACUACAGCAACACCCGGGACCAGGGUGGUGGUCAGAACGCGAGGGGCAAUUACUCAAGGGGGCAGAAAGCGACCCCUGCUUGGGCGGACAGUGUGCCAGGGGCGGCCACUGGCUGGGGCGACGAAGGGCAGGAAAGGGGCCCGGUAGCCACCAACCGUGGGAGGGGGGGUGGGAGGAGCACUGGGGACGGGCAGGUGGGGAGAGGGGCAGGGGCGGGGCGGGGGGAGCACAGGUCCCGCGCACCGCAGGGACAAGGUCCUCUCACGAGUGGCGACGGGCCAAGCGCUGCAAGGGGCCGCACCCCGACCAGAUGGGGUCCUGCCGUCGGAGGGCAGCAGCCUGUUGAAGUUCAGGGGGCUCAAGCAGGGUACAACCGCGGGGGUGGUCAACCGACGGGGUGGGACAACCGUUCGGCGGUUGGGAACCAGGAGAGGGGCGCAGGGGCCCCCCAGGGGAGAAGCGCAACGGUGGGCACGAUGACGUCACCCCGGCCCCUGGACCAGAUGGCCCCCCGGGAAGAGAAGCGGCAGCAGUACCAGCCGUCAGAGGCACGCCCCGCUGCCCGGAGGGAGAUUGAAGUCCAGACCGACCUGGCACCGGAAGUCAGCCCAGGCUCCCGUAAUGCUGCGACUACUCCUCGGGGGGGUGCCGCAAAGUCGGGGCCGCCACCAGGGUUUGGCGGGAACUCAGGGAGCGCAGCCUACGGCUCAAGCGGCGCAGGGGCCGGGGACUACGGCGCGCAGUAUCGGCCGCCUGCGAGUGCGGGGGCAACUGGACGGGCCUCUCCCGGUCUGCACAUGGCCAAUGAGUACGUCCCGAACGCGGCCACACAGCAGGUGCUGCCUUAUGGGCAGACAGCAGUGCCUCCGGUGGGGGGUUACGGCUUGCCUCCUUACCCUAGCCACCUGCCGCCGUACGCUUACGGGAGCGGUGACGUCACAUGGGUCCCCGUGCUGAACAACCCGCAGGCAAAUGCUCUGCCCCCACCGCCAAAUGUGUACGGCGCAAACCCGUAUGCGAGCCCGUACUCAUUGGCCGGGGCAGAAGCGACCCCGUAUAUGUACUCGUCACAGGCAGUUGCUCCCCCAGAGUAUGCUCCCGCCAAGCAGGGCCUUGCAACGGUUGCAGCCAUCAGUAGGCCGCCCUCUGCAAGCACGCUGUGGAGACCACCGGCGUCCGCAGGGUUGAGUACUGGGGUUUUGGAUUCGAAUGCAGAUGCUUAUGGACAGCGGCAGAGCAAACCGAGAAGGUAUACGGAGAUGACCUUCCAGUAGUGAACAAGAGGAGGUUUUUGGUGGCGUCAGCUUGCAGGCAGGGAAGCAAAGGCAACCGCUUGAGAAUUCAGGUUCUUAAUCUUUUGAUGUCUGGCUUGGGUAUGGUUUGAAGAAGAAGUCAUUGUUGUUCGGCGGUUGACUCAUUGUUCUAGUAGCCCGGUAAGAGGAAUAACGAUUAUGGGCGCACCUUUUAUGAUCAAUCGUUUUUCGUGUGCUGCCAUGAUUGACCAGUCCUUUAUUUAAGAAGCAUGCCAGCCAAUUAGGAU